AUGAUUUUCUUGAGAUAAUAAGAUAGGAGAGUGAUGGAGAGGCUGAAGGAGAAGCUGGUGGUGGUGGAGAAGCUGAUGGAGGUGGAGAGGUAAGAGGUGGAGGGAGGGAGAAAUUAAGCGUGGGUUAGGACGCGGUCGCCCACUGUUUGAAGCCGUAGAAAUCUUGCGAAACAGCGGACGAGGUUGAUAGACCGGCGGUGGUUGAGGAGGAGAGGAGUAUCAGGGGAAAGCGCCGCCAAUCCAUUACGACUAUAUAGCCGGACGAGGUUGAGAGAUUGGACGAGGAUGACGAGAGGCCGGACGAGGUUAACAGACCUGUCGUAGUUGAGAGACCGGACGAGGUUGAGAGACCGGACGAGGUUGAGAGACCGGACGAGGUUGAGAGACCAUUCGUGGGUGAACAACCGGUCAUAGUUGAGAGACCGGGCAAGGACUGGUCGCCAAGCGAGGUGUAUACACCUGUGUCGGGCGAGUGCGCCAGCGGCACGAGGUUGAUGAGCGAGGGAUGCCGCAUUUUUAUACUGGAAACCAUAUUCCUGUGCGACUUCGUGCUGGUGCUGAUAAUGCUCGGCAAAUGCAUCGCCUGGUCCACCACCAACAACCUGCUGGAUCACCUUUACAACUUCGACAACGCCUGCACCAUAGUGAUGCUGUACGUCAUUCCCAUCUUGCCGCUGCUGAUUGGGCUGAUACCGAUGAUAUGGUCCAUGUCAAACUACCACCAGCUCCUGGUCCCCAACUGCCACACGCGGGGACAGGCGCUGUGGGUGGGUAAAACAUGCAUGCUGAUGCGGGCAAUGGGCGCCAUAUUGAUCGCAGGUGCCGCGCACCUCUCCGCCGUACUGGGCCCGGCUAUGGUGACCUCCGCGGUGUACCAGAUCUUCAGCGGUGCCGACUAGAGGUAUCACGGCGACUUGCAAUUCCGGAAAAAGAUCGAUCUCGUCCAGCGCGAGGCUCAGUGCUGCGGAUACGUGACCAUGAAGGAGUGGUUCACCACCGUCCAGACGGAUUACCAGUACACGUUUUUAAUGGAGAACGGGAAGCUGACGCCCAUGACCCACUGGGACCACGUUCCGCCCUCGUGUUGCAAGAAGGACAGCAAGCAGCUGUGCCUUCCGGAUAACAUAUACGAGAGGUCCCUUCCCCUCAGCGAGUUCCUGAUGACGGUGAACGUGGUCGGGUGCUACCACACCUACUGGUGGUGGACAGAGGACAGCGUGGCCAGCAUGAGGCCCUUGGUCAUAUGGUGCAUGUUGCAGCUGGGCGUCUUCUGCUUCCUCAUCCGGCUCGUCACCGCCUCCAUGUCCGACGCUUUCCUCAGGGCGAUCAAGUAUAAGAACGGCCCUCUCACCAGACCAGGUCAGGCCUGGCUCUUCGUGACUUCAAGCAUGGCUUCAAGCACGACUCCAAGCACGACUCCAGGCUCGACACCAGGCACGACUCCAAGCACUUCUCCAGGCACGACACCAGGCACGACUCUCACGACACCAAGCACGACUCUCACGACACCAGGUACGACUCUCACGACACCAAGCACGACUCUCACGACACCAGGUACGACUCUCACGACACCAGGCACGACUCUCACGACACCAAGCACGACUCUCACGACACCAGGUACGACUCUCACGACACCAGGCACGACUCUCACGACACCAGGCACGACUCUCACGACACCAGGCACGACUCUCACGACACCAGGCACGACUCUCACGGCACCAGGCACGACUCUCACGACACCAGGCACGACUCUCACGGCACCAGGCACGACUCUCACGACACCAGGCACGACUCUCACGACACCAGGCACGACUCUCACGGCACCAGGCACGACUCUCACGACACCAGGCACGACUCCAGGCCUGUAGAGUUUGCCUGAGUGGACCACUGCCUCUGGAAGCAGUACUCCCUACGCAAGCAACACACCGGUCAGGUCUUAUCAGUGAGAAUACUGGAAAUAUUCUCCAUUCUUUAAAAUGGGUAUUACAUUUGUAUUACAACUAUUUUUUU